AUGUCAGCACCAGUCAACAACAAUUACACUAAAGUGAUGGGCCAGGGUGAUGCGAGUCCGGAGCCUGAACUUAUGAUGGAUGCUGAGAUACAUGACAGCGAUGUCAGACACUUUGCCCAGCUUGGCUUCGCGCUAUCCGUCAAGACCCUUGCAAAACAACAUGGAUUUCAUGAAAAUACUGUCCGGAACAUUUACAUGCAACUGAAUGACUACGCGGAGGCAAUGGAAGUCAUCGAGGAGAUGCGGGAUGCUGCAGAGGAACAGGCUGUGGUUGCGAUACUGAAAAGAAAGGAGGAGGACAUCAAAGAGGAGGAGGAUGUCAAAGAGGAGGAGGAGUAA